AUGCCACGAAAGAAACGCUGCAUGGAAACAGACUCUGAAGACGAACACGACGAAUCGAAACGUCCCCAACGUAAUGCAGCCAACGAAAGGGAAAGGGCCCGAAUGAGGGUGCUCAGUAAGGCCUUUUGUCGCUUGAAAACCACCCUUCCGUGGGUACCAGCCGAUACAAAAUUGUCCAAAUUGGACACUUUACGCCUAGCCACCAGCUACAUAGCCCAUCUUAGGGCCGUUUUAAUGGACCAACCGGUUUCGGAUAGUUUGCCCAAGCACCCCUUAACACUGACGUGGCCGUUUAGCUUCCAACGACCCGAAUCCGCAACAGAUGUAGUCGAAGAAAGGGACCCGCAAUUUUGGCCCCACGACGGCCACAUCCAGCCCAUCAUCAGGGAUAGAGACAACAUAUCCUAUUACUACUAA